AUGGGAAUUAGAACAAGGCUUACACAUUCGUUAGAUAAACCUGCUGUUGAUCUAACUCUUUACGGAAGCAUGAUAGGUUCGUUACUUUACCUCACUACAAGUCGACCUGAUAUUAUGUUCUCUGUUUGUAAUUGUGCUGGGUCCCAGUCAAAUCCACGAGAACCACAUCUCAUUGCAGUUAUGAAUAUUUUUCAUUAUCUCAAAGGGUCGAUUUCGUUAGGAUUGUGGUAUCCUUUGAAAACUGGUUUCUUCAUACAAGCUUUCUCAGAUGCUGAUUUGGGAGGUUGCAAUUUUGAUCGAAAAAGCACGAGCGGAGGAUGUCAAUUACUUAAUGGAAAACUGGUAAGGUUGCAAACGAAGAAGCAAACUUGUGUUUCGAUUUCCAUAGCAGAAGCAAAAUAUGUUGCUGCUGCAGCUUACACAUCACAAAUAAUUUGGAUUUAG